AUGAGGACCUUCUUAAGGAAUCAGAAAUAUGAGGAUAUGCACAAUAUUAUUCACAUUUUACAGAUCAGAAAAUUGAGGCACAUAAACUUUCCAAGGCUACCAGGCAUUCUAGCUCCAGAAGCUGCACUCUUACCAUUCUGCUACAAGAUAUUUUGAAAAAAAGAAAAAGUGAAAAGAAGUCAAAAGGCAACAGAGUUCAUUGAUUAUUCCAUUGAACAGUCACACCAUGCCAUUCUCACACCCUUGCAGACACAUUUGACCAUGAAAGGUUCCUCAAUGAAAGGUUCCUCAUUAUCUUCAGAAUCCAUAUUUCUCACAUUGACCUUGCAGUUAACUCAAACCCUAGGUCUGGAAUGCUGUCUUCUCUACCUAUCAAAAACUAUACAUCCACAAACCAUAUAA